UUGUAAUUGUGCCACGUGGUUGUGUUGUAUACAUUUGUUACGUAUAUAUAACGUAAUUAUAUCAUUGAAGCUUAUGAAAAUGAUGGCACUUUGGAAUCAGGCUACUUUGGACCGGCCGCCGUAUAUAAUGUGGCAAGUCAAGCCACCAGAGGCUAAAAGGACUGGUGUUGACGUAUCUAGAUUUAAGAAGACAUUGAGCACAGUGAUUCAUGAUUUGGAAUCAAUGGAUGAUUUACAUAGAAACAUUGCAGUCCUAAACCGUUUGAUUUAUCGAAUGAAGACUAAAUUUCGAAAUGACAAAGGCUUCAUGUCCAUGGUCAAGUUGGGCAAAGCGUUGGACAACUAUUACAGAAUGCGUCUGAAAAAUGACUAUGUGACUUUGAAAUCUCUCAUUCAAAUGAGAGACGGAAUGUUCAAUUUACCUAGUAGACAAAAUCUGGAGUAUGUGCUUGCGAGAACGCAAGGCUUUGGAAAGCUCAUGACUAGAAUAGAAAGUAUGUCGAGGAUUUCCUCACAUCACUUUAUGUCCAGAAUGAGAUUGGGUCAGUUGUGGCACGUUGCUUUAGUAGCUUUGGCCACUAUAUGCAGAAUUUGGUUUCAUACGAGAGAUAUACUCUUGAAAUGUUGCUUCUGGUACGAUGAGCUGUAUCGAUAUACACCACAGUUUCAAUAUGUGGGUGCAAAACCCUGGCUUCCAAAUGAUCAAAGUUUACCACACAACUUAAAAUCGUGGCUGUGUGUGGACUGGGAAGACAAGGAUUUGGCACAUAAUUCAUCUACCGGGAAACAGCUAAUUAGAGAAAUCAUGUCCGAAGAAUAUGACAACAUUACUAACGAAAAAAUUGAUACCUUAAUGCUGGAUGAAGAUGAUUCGGAGGUUGAUGAUUCAGAGGCAGAUGACUCAAGACUAACACAAAAUAUCAAAGUUACUUUGAACAAUAACAUAAAAGAUAAAUCUUUAUCAAAUAAUGACAUGGAAGAUAUUGGAGAAGUAAUAGAUCGGGAGACUUUUGUGAGUAGUAGUCGCAGCAAUCUUCUAUCAAAUGAUGAAUCCACAUCAAUAAAACGUAAAUACAUGAACACUGAUCAAGGAAAGAGGUCUAAAAAAUCAAAAAUACGAAGAAAGCAGAAAUGUUAUAGAAAAUGAUAA